CUCCUAUUCUCUUCCUGAAUGUUUACAGGUCUCCCUUGGUUGCUAGGAUACAACCACUCCACCUUCCCAGGUGAGAGCAGGCACUGCCGCGGGUACCCAGAGUAUCUGAGCAUCCUACCGCAGCCUCCAGCAUGGCUUCUCAUCACAGACGCUUGUCUACCCCAGGAUUCCCCUCUAUCUCGGCACUGACUGCAGUUCUGGAGACACAGCAUAUGAAAUCCAUCAAUCACAGAUUCUUCUAUGCAGCGAAGAUCUCGCCUGAGAGGACCAAUUACAAGGAUUUUGCAGAUCACUGCGAGAAGCUUUUCAAAAAACUUCUGACAUCCCACCUAGGAGAGUCCAUCACUGGCUUACUGCUGAUCUAUCCCACCUGUGUCAUCCACAUCAUUGAGUCUAGCAGUGAAAUCUUGUAUGGAAUUAUUCAAGAUUUAGCCCACAUUCAGGUCGGUGUAAACUCACUUCUUCAGGAGGCCAGGAUUCUUGUGAUCUCCCACAAUAUCUCCAGCAAGCUCUUCCAGCAGUGGUAUUGCCACAGAAUGAAGCUGCAGUCCAAUUAUCCUCGUGACGAUACACAAAACCAAUCAGAGGAGGUGGUGGCAGAAAGGUGCCUCACAGCAUUGCUGAAGCUCGGGAUCUUCUUGUCUGAGUUUCUGCAGCCUGGCAGUAAAGGUCCUGGAGAAGACCUGAGUGGGUUGGCACCUGAACUGUGUGUCCAAGAAGAGACCAUCCAUUUUCUCCUCAAGUCUGACCGGUUUCUUAAAGCAGAAGAGUUCCUGGCAAUGUAUGACAGACCAGUGAAUGUCUCCAUUCUAUCAGAUCAACUCUGGCCAGCCUCUCAGCACUUCGACCUAUAGUUGCGAUUUUUACAUCUUCCGGAUCCACCACAAAGCUUACCAGUUUCUACAUCAAUAUAGUAUUUGAUUGAAUGCUUGUUAAAAUACGUUACCAUGUAAAUAAAGCUUGAGUUGUAUUUAAAGAAAAAAAACUCCAGCAUGAAAGUGCAAAAUGACUCCAGACAAAUAAUGUUUACCUCACAACCAUAUUUUAUUUCCUCAGAAACAGGAAAUGUAUAUUUAACAGAAACCUCCUUUAAGUGUGCCAAAAAAUAUAUAAUUUAUAUUACAUUGUCUUUUCAACCAUAUCCAAAGCGCUUAAACUGCCUCACACCUGCGCCGGACCAUAGGAAAGAAAAAAAAGUGAAACCGUGAGGCCUGUACAAUUUGCAUAUAGUAUAUUUA